AUGUUUAGUACAGGAGGUGGCUCAGGCACAUUCAAGCCAAAGUAUGGGAAGUCCAAUACAUCAUUCUUGCCUCUACCUGCUACAUUUCAAAGAAUUAACCGUAAAACUAGAUUACCAUUAAUAAUAGUGGCAUUGUUAUUUGUUUGGUAUUUUUUAAAUCCACUUUCGUUCAUUAAUUAUAUAUUCUUUUCGUCCACUUCCACUGUAACUUAUCCAAAAGGUCAUCCAUUGACAAGUAGACAAACAAUUGAAACAACAUCAAAAUACAUUUAUCCUCCAAUUGAACAUGCUCCUUUGUUAAAGAAAUUGACAUCCGAGAAGUUAUUUAUUGAACAUCGUUAUAGGGAUCAAGACAUGGAUAAAGUUAAAAUAAAAUCAUUAAAUGAUUUCGAUGAUCCAGAUUAUACCGUGCAAAAACAAAUAGAAGAUGAUCAAAACAAAAAACUGGAUUUAGACAAAGCUAAAAACCACUUCAAAAACCAAGACAAAAUUGUAUACAGUCCUUCUUCAAGUUCAAAAGGUCCUGAAUUGGUUAUUGUUACUGCUGUUGAUUUCGAUAAAUAUUCAUUGGAUGCAUUAACAAAGAUUGUUCAAAAUAGAGUUGAUUAUGCUCAUUUGCAAAAUUAUGGUAUCUAUGUCAGAUGGUACCAAGAAUUUUUACCAUAUUUUAAUGAUUUCAAUGCUUUAAAUGACAAGGAAAGAUCAAAAUGGGUUAGAGUAUUUUGUAUGAAAGCAGCCAUGUUUGCAUUCCCAAAUGCCAAAUGGUUCUGGUAUUUGGAUCAAGAUGCAUUAAUUAUGAAUAUGAAGACUAAUGUUGAUGAUUAUUUGUUGGAAACCAAUUCAUUGAGCUCCGUUAUGUUAAAAGAUCAACCGUUGAUUCCUCCUAAUGGACUUAUUAAGACAUACAAAAAUGCUAAAGCUGAAGCAAUAAGAUUUAUCUUUGUCCAAUCUAGUCAAAAAAUUGAAACCGCAUCAUUCAUUGUCAAAAAUGAUGCUAUUGGUAAAUCAAUGUUGGAUAUCUGGGGUGACAAUCUUUACUUGAAUUAUCCAAAUUUCCCAUACGGUCCAGACUCAGCCUUAACUCAUAUCUUACAAUGGCAUCCAUUUAUUUUGAGUAAAACCACGAUUGUCCCUACAAAGACUAUUAGUGCUAGUCAUACAUUCAAGGAUGUUGGUAAAAACUUUGCUUAUGAAGAUGGUGAUUUGGUCGCACAAUGGGAUGACUGCAAUAAUCCAACUGAAUGUGAAAGUAUAUUGAAUAACUAUUACAAUAAAUUGAAGAAAGCAAAGGCUUAG